CAACAUCUGCAUUGAAGGUGGCCAUGCGGUUGAUGCCGGGAGCAUUUACGAGACUGCCAUGCAGCCCUGGCAACCUAUAGGUGUCUUAUCAGCUAAUAUGACAACGUUUGCUGCCCAAAGAGCAAAGCUGCACUAAAUCACAUGUACAUCACAUGUGCAGAGUACACUCAUUUUUAUGGAGGGAAAAAAGCAGAAAUCCCACAGGCUAAUUUCAGGCGUUUACCGUUUGAUCAUUGUAGUUUAUCUCUUCAGCCGUUUGAGUAUCCCAUGUGCACGACUGAGGGUGUGGUGUUUGACCUAAUGAGCAUAGUUCCAUGGAUUAAGAAGUUUGGAACGAAUCCCACCUCAGGAGAGAAACUUGAUGCCAAGUCCCUCAUCAAGCUUAACUUCGGCAAGAACAAUGAAGGAAAGUACCACUGCCCUGUUCUUUACAACGUCUUCACCAACAACUCGCACAUCGUGGCUAACAAAAUCACCGGCAAUGUUUUCUCAUAUGAGGCCGUCGAGCAGCUCAACAUCAAGACAAAGACUUACAAAGACCUGCUGACGGAUGAGCCGUUUAGUCGCCAGGAUAUCAUCACACUGCAGGACCCCACUAACCUGGACAAAUUCAACGUGUCUGAUUUUUUCCACGUGAAAAACAACAUGAAAGUUUUGGAUCCAGAUGAGGAGAAGGCGAAGCAGCACCCGGCGUAUCACCUAAAAAGCACCAAUCUGGAGACGCGGGAGACCCUGGCUGAACUCUAUAAGGAGUAUAAGGGUGAUGAGCUGCUAGCCUCAACCAUGAAGGAGCCUGUGGCCAAGAAGACAGACAAGCUUAACGCUGCUCAUUACUCUACAGGGAGAGUUUCUGCCUCCUUCACCUCCACUGCCAUGGCUCCAGCCACCAUACAUGAAGCAGAUGCCAUAGCAGACGACACGGUCCGAUACAGUUAUGUAAAGAAAAAAGGCUACGUCCGUCUGCAUACCAACAAAGGAGACCUAAAUAUGGAGCUGCACUGUGAUAAGAUUCCUAAAGCGAGUGAGAACUUUAUAAAGCUGUGUAAGAAAGGAUACUACGAUGGAACAAUAUUUCAUCGUUCCAUUCGAAACUUCAUGAUUCAAGGAGGAGACCCAACAGGCACUGGGACAGGCGGCGAGUCAUUCUGGGGGAGGCCGUUUAAGGAUGAGUUCAAGCCCAAUUUCUCGCACACUGGUCGUGGAAUACUUAGCAUGGCUAAUUCCGGCCCCAACACCAACAAAUCUCAGUUCUUUAUAACCUUUCGCUCGUGCACAUACCUGGACAGGAAACACACCGUGUUUGGCAGGGUGGUGGGUGGAUUUGAGGCCCUAACAGCCAUGGAGAAUGUGGAGAGUGAUCCAAAAACUGACAAACCCAAGGCUGAGAUAAAGCUGAUCAGUACUACAGUGUUUGUGGAUCCGUAUGAGGAGGCAGAUGCACAGAUCGCAGCUGAGCGAGAGAAGGAGCUUCAGAAGCAGGAAGAAGAAAGAGCUCAGACUUCAGCCUCCACCAGCAAAGCUAAAGCUGAACAAGGACCCAAAACAUUCAGACCGGGGGUCGGCAAAUAUGUCAACAUGGCAGCCACUAAACGCUCGGCUGUUGAAGAGGACAACAAGCCGUCGUCCAGCGGCGAAUCGGCAGCAAAGAAAGUCAAAGCAAGGACAGGGUUUGGGAAUUUCAGCUCCUGGUAGGACUUCCAGGGAAGAUCAAGAACAUCUCUACUGUACAGAAAUGACUCUUUUGACUUGAUGUUGUCCACAGUUUUUUCUGGAUAUCAUGGAUUCUUCUCACAUCUGUUUUGUUUAAAAAAAUCCUUCUUUCUAUCUAGUUUAAUAUUUUACCAGUAAUUGUUUAUUCACAAUUUCAAUUAACGUAUUUCACUCAGGAAUAAAUCAGAUUUCCUAA